GAACUUUGAACCAUGUCUGCAAAGUGAGAUAAACAAGAGCCAUAUAAAUACCACAGCCCUUUUCCCUACACUGUUUUCUUCUGCAGCGGAGUUAAGCAGUGCUGCCAAGGAGGGGGGCAGGAAAGGAUAAAGCCCAGCCAUGUGGGCAGGGCUGGGGCUAGUUCUGGCUCUCUGUCUCCUCCCAGGAGGAGGGACAGAGAUCCAGAACUGCAAGGAGCCCCCAGAAUGGCGUAUCGGGGAAGAGAACCCAAUGCUGAACUCUAGGGGCUCAGUGACGGUGGUGGCUCUCCUACAAGCUAGCUGAUACUUGUGCCUGCUGCAGGCUUCCAGAUUGGAGGACCUGCGAGUGAAGUUAGAGAAUGAGGGACUGGUCAAUAUCUCGUAUGUGGUUGUCAACCAUCAGGGAACUAGCUCCCAGAGGAAAAUUCACCUACUGAAAGCAAGUGUUUCAGACUAUGUUACUGUCUACCAGCAAGAUGAACAGCAAGCUGAUGUCUGGACUACCUUAAAUGGAAGCAAAGAUGACUUUCUCAUCUAUGACAGAUGCGGCCGUCUAGUGUAUCAUCUGGGUCUGCCCUAUUCCUACCUGUCUUUCCAAUAUGUAGAAGAAUCUAUUAAGAUUGCAUACUGUGAAAACAAGUGUGGAAACUGCUCUUACAUGGAACCUGAUAUUGAUGGCAUAUGUGAAAACAUCACUAAACAAGCAGAUGAAAAGCGAGCAGAGAUAGAACCCAGCCCAACUGGUCAACGUUCACAUGACCACAACACGCACAGACAUAUAAAACACCACCAGCAUCGUGAGGGCAGUCAUCAUUCCAAAAAUGAGAACCAUCAGGCUCCUUCUGAAACUCGGAGACAUCAUUCUGACAGCAGUCAGCGUCAUAGAGCUUUUGGCCGUAACAGACAUGUUCAGACAGGUAGUCAUGAACAGGUAGACACUGUUCCUCCAGGAGAAAGUGUAGAGAUUACACAAGAUAAAAAGCUAUGAAAAAAAGGAAAGAUCAGCUGUAAAAACCAGUUAACUUGAAAUUGGCAGACGGCAUCAGACUCAACUUCUAGUAGCUGAUGCUGUCAUUGUCGACACCUUUUGUUUGAAGAGCUAGGAAAUUCUGUCACUUGACAGUGUCGUGGUGCACUUCCAAAUUCUUGACGGUGACACGGCCAGUUGUCAGCAGAGGACAUCACUGAAUCUUGACAGUGACGUCUGCUCACUGCUGCCUGACAGUCACCAGCAACAAGUGAAACUAGUGACACCUGACACUGACAGGAAAAGGCAAGAAACUGAGCCUGAAAAACAAACUAAGCACCUUAAAAAUGCAAGGGAGUCCCACUGCUUAAAUUCAUAUAGUUGUGAGUGGAAAAAAUUAACAGAUUAUGUGUUUUUAUUGCCCUAAAUUAAAAAUUAUGCUGACAGGUGUGUAGAGUUAAAAUAUUGUAAAGAAGACUUUUAGAGCAGUGCUUUUAGAAUUAUACAAUACCUGUCAAAUUCUUUCAAUGAAAAGCUUCAUACUUUAAACCAAUUUAAUUGACCUUAGUUUGUUUUUCAGUUGCAAUGGGAAGGUGUCUGCAUUCUUGAUUAAUUUGUCUUUCUUGUUUCUCUUCUAAUGUUCUGCUUGCAUUUGUGAGGACAGGAGCAUAAACUAUGACCUAGGGGCUCCUGUCUGAUAUUUUGCAAUCAAGAAUAGAAGAUAACCAAAACAGACAUUUUAAUGAUUUUUAAUUUUAAUAACAUUAAAUUCAAUUUUUAACUUUUAAUAAUAUUCAAAAGCUUUUGGUUUUUUUUUUUCCUAACCUAGGGAUACAAAUUAGGUACAAGAAAAGCUUAUUCCUAAGCAAGGUACCAAAACAACUUUUUAUCUCAAACGUAAGAUACAAAAAGUAAUUUUGUUAUUUGAAAGUAACAGAUAUGCAUGCUUAACUUUUGUGCCUUAGAUACAGUAUCAGGGUCCAUUAAUACAUACAACUACAACUUGUAAAAUCGUACUAAAUCAGUAACAUUGUGCAUAAAGUGAGAACCUAUGUUAACAACUCUUCAUGCAGAAUCAGUAUCAAACAGAGGGAGGGGGAGAACAAAUUUAAUCUUGGUUUAAUGUGUAACUUUGUUUAUAACAGUGCUGAAUUUGAUAAAUCUGUAUUGAUUAGUAAGGUAAUAUACCACUUAGACUUGUAUAACUUCUCGGUCUGUAGCUUAGAAUUCCUAACCUUUGAUUAACUGAGUUGAAGUAAAAGUAUAGCUGUUCAAAGGAUUCCUAGAUGAAGAAGAGAAUAUUCAAGCAGGAAAGACUGCUUUGAAAGUGUAUACCAUAAUUAAUGAUGGUUUAAUAGGGAAAUCAUCAUCUCUAUGAAACCUUAAUCUCUUCAUCGUGAAUGCUGGUUAGCAAGAAAGUAGCUCUGCAUAUACACUAAACGCAUGCUGUUGGAAUAUUUGACAAGCAUUUUCAAUAAAAAAAAUACUCUGUA